ACUAGUAACUAAAUUAUAACCUUACUGAUUUUACAUCGCAUCAAAUUGGGGAAAAAAACUAAAAAAAGGACCAUAAUGAAAUUUGGAGUUUCAACUAAAAGGAACAUGAUUUGAUACUUAGGGGGAGGAGAGUUUGAGAGUCAAUGGGGAUCCACACGUGUCAACAGUUGAUGCAGCCAAGAGAAAUGAGAUUCUUUAGUCUACCCUCCUUCCUCCCACCACUACUAAAAAUUUUCUUCCUUUGCUUUCUCCAGUUUCCAGUUUCCCUUCUGUUUUCUUUCCCUUUGGUUUAGUUUAAUCAAUCAAUCCAUCCCAUCCACAUGUAAAGUCUGAAGCCCCCACCCCUCCUCCCUCCUCCCCAAGUUCCUGUCUCUUGCCCUUUUUGAUUCUGUACAAACUUCAUUGGCCGCUACCUUUUCUUAUUUUUUUUACCCAUUUUGGAGAUAUGUUCCCGACACGGUGUCGUUUACUUGUCUUCUUCUUCUUUGCUCUCUCUUCUCUUGGAUUUAUCGACGCCAGCGCCGGUGAUGCUGAUCCGAUUUACCGAUCCUGUGUAGAUCAAUGUGAGAAGACUGGUUGCGUCGAUGGCAAAUGUUUUCAACACUGUAAUUUUUCUGAUGGGAACGCCACUGAUGGUCCGUGGUAUCUGCAGGAGCCUAUGUACAUGAGGUGGAAAAAAUGGGACUGCCAAAGUGACUGCAGAUACCAAUGCAUGCUUGACAGGGAGGAAGAGAGGAAGAAGCUUGGUUAUAAACCUGUGAAAUAUCACGGGAAGUGGCCAUUCUGUCGCGUGUAUGGAAUACAGGAACCUGUGUCAGUGGCUCUAUCUGUCUUUAAUCUUGCCAUGCAAUUCCAGGGCUGGGUUUCAUUUUUUAUCCUUGUCAAUUACAAGCUACCUUUCAGGCCAAAUAAAAAGACAUACUACGAGUACACUGGCUUGUGCAACAUCUAUGCUGUGUUAGCAAUGAAUGCCUGGUUCUGGAGUGCUGUUUUCCACAGUAGAGAUGUGGAUUUGACUGAGAAGCUGGACUAUACCUCCGCUGUGGCAUUACUAGGGUUCUCUCUUCUGUUGGCUAUUUUGCGUGUUUUCAGUGUGAAGAAUGAGGCAGCCAGGGUGAUGGUCUCAGCGCCUAUUCUUGCGUUUCUGAUGACUCACAUCUUGUAUUUAAACUUCUAUGAGUUCGACUAUGGGUGGAAUAUGAAAGUGUGCGUGGUAAUGGGGAUCAUUCAGCUUGUCCUGUGGGCGGUCUGGGCUGGUGUUAGCAGACAUCCAUCGAGGUGGAAGUUGUGGGUGGUGGUCUUUGGAGGAGGCCUCGCAAUGCUUCUAGAAAUAUUUGACUUCCCUCCUUACUGGGGAUUUGUUGAUGCGCACGCCCUUUGGCAUGCCACUACAAUUCCUCUCACUUACCUUUGGUGGAGUUUCAUUAGAGAUGACAGUGAGUACAGAACAUCGAUUCUCUUGAAGAAGAUAAAGUAGAGCUUCAUCGCUGCCUGGCUUGUGUAUUUUGUAACAAAGGGGAAAAGCUGCUCAGUUUUUAUUGCAUUUAAUUUAAAUUAUUUGGUAUUGACGUUUUUUUGCUUGCAUUGUGGUCAUUUCUAUGAGAUGUUCUGUGGAUGCAAGUUUCUUAGUUUUGAACCAUUUUUUGUUCCACGUGAAUGUGUAAUUGGUUUUCAAAUGUAUCAUUGAGAUGUAAAAUUUUGAUUGUUUACUUCAACUUUGGUUUGUUUGAUACUCUUUAUAGGAGUUUGAUAGUGCAAAUCCUCCCCUUUUUGUUUGGACCUGGGUCGAGCAAAAACUCAAACAGCGUUGGUGGAAUCCUGAGUCUUGACCCUUCUUUACCGGCGUAUAAUCAGCAUAACGGACCUGUCUCAGCUUAUUUCUCAACAUGAAAUCGUAUUUGGGCUGCCAACCAUCAUUUUGUGUGAUCGUAUUCUGGCUUCAGCAUAAGUUGAUUUGAUUAGGUUUUAGAACUAUUUUACAUCUGAACGUCUUUUUCCUCUGUUCUGCAUUCGACUAGAGAUUACGACUAGGUGUAAAUUUUUGAACCACC